AUGGAUGACCUUGCGAACUCCUCCAACCAGCUUCUUCUAUCAGGCCUUCCACCUGAGCUUCUAAGAAUCAUUCUUUCAUUCUCUUCCGAUUUUCAGAGUCUUCUUUCUGCUAUCGCAUCAUGUCGCGCACUAUACCACGCGUUUCAUUCGUUCCCCGGUCCUUUGGUAACCUCGGUUCUCAACCGGGAGUUCGACCCGACGCUUCUGCCUGAGAUCAUUCGCAUCAUCGACGCCCGCAAACUUCGUCAAUCUAGCCUGGCAGAACCUCAACUUUCGGACGCCAUCCAGCGGCUUAUCCACCGCGAAGGCGAGACAGCGCACGAAUGGACUCUUUCGGAGGGCAUCGCGGCGGUUCAACUCGACGCCGUCGUCCGAGACCUUGCAAACGCCGUUGCCGAGGAGUUCCUGAAAACCAUUCAACGGUACAUUCACAGAGGACACGAAGGAGCGCCGUCAAGCGCCGAGCUUCGUCGCAUUCGAUUAGCUCUUUAUCGAUUCGAGGCAUAUCGUGUCAUGUUUCCGCCCGUUGUUCAAACUGUUUGGCCACCAUUCGAGGUCAGGGCAAAUUGGGCGACCUUCUUCCAAGUGUACACCCCUUGGGAGAUUGAACAGCUGGGAAGUGUUCAUGAGUCGUUAUUUUGUCUCAUUGGCACGGCACCUGAAAACGCCGCAACCAUGUCUGGCCCUAACCAAAGAACUCCCCUGUACUACCACGACCCUUCUAACCCUAGCUACCAGAGCAAGGACAGUCACGCCAAGGCCGGCUACUCUCUGAGCUCCGGCGGCCAUGGCGCCGGGAGUCAGUAUGGAGGCAGCGCUGCUAGCGGAACCAGCACCGGACAGCAGGGCGGAGGAGGACAGAACAAGGGAUACAAGAAUCCCGCCUGGUUCCAAGGUUUCCAGGGGAACAGCAGCGGUGGCAAGAAGUGA